AAAGUGAACGAAGCCAAAAUCAAAGCGGCGUAUCCUGAGGCAGGUGCGGUGUCAGCAGAAGAGGGAAGGCAGGCGACUGGCUAGGGCCUGGCUCAGGAGGCCGGCGGAGCAGCAACUACAGAAGCAAGCGGCGACAGAGUGGGGAUGGUGCCGGGAGGCGCCGAGAAGGAGGCACAGUCCGUCCCUCUCAGGGUUAGUGAAUGAGGCUCUCCGCCCGGGCCGGCCCGGGGACUGUGCGCUGCGGGUCCCAGCAUGAGUGCGGGCCCCGGCUGUGAGCCCUGCACCAAGCGACCCCGCUGGGUCACCGCUGCAACUUCUCCGCCGGCCGCAUUGGACGCCCGGAGCUUCCCUGGCAGGCAGAGGCGCGUCCUCGAUCCCAAGGACGCUCCCGUGCAGUUCAGGGCCCCACCGUCCUCGUCAGGCUGCGUCCCGGGGCGGGCGGGACCGCACAGAGGCAGCGCCACCUCGCUUGUUUUCAAACAAAAGACUAUUACCAGUUGGAUGGACACUAAAGGAAUCAAGACAACUGAAUCAGAAAGUUUGCAUAGUAAAGAAAACAACAAUACAAGAGUAGAAUCCAUGAUGAGUUCUGUACAGAAAGAUAACUUUUAUCAACAUAACAUGGAAAAAUUAGAAAAUGUUUCUCAGCUGAGUCUUGAUAAAUCACCAGUUGAGAAAAAUACACAAUAUUUGAACCAACAUCAGAGUGCAGCUACGUGUAAGUGGCAAAAUGAAGGGAAACAUACAGAGCGGCUUUUGGAAAGUGAAUGUCCAACAGUAACUCUAGUACCAGAGCAGUUUAGUAAUGCUAACGUUGAUCAGUCACCCCAAAAUGGUGGUCACAGUGACACAGACAGUGAGGAAAGUAGGGAUAAUCAACAAUUUUUGACACCUGUAAAGCUUGCAAAUACAAAGCAGACUACAGAAGAUGAACAGGCCAGAGAAGCCAGAAGUCACCAGAAGUGCAACAAGUCUUGCCAUCCUGUGGAAGACUAUGCAGGUUGUCAGCAGGAAGAGGUAGACGUGGUGCCAGAGAGUCCCUUGUCAGACAUCGGCUCUGAGGAUGUCAGUACUGGACUGAAAAAUGCCAACAAAUUGAGUAGACAAGAAAGUAGCCUAGGGAAUUCUCCUCCAUUUGAGAAAGAAAGUGAACCCGAGUCACCAAUGGAUGUAGAUAAUUCCAAAAAUAGUUGUCAGGAUUCAGAAGCAGAUGAAGAGACAAGUCCAGGUUUUGAUGAACAAGAAGAUAGCAGUUCCUCCCAAACAGCAAAUAAAUCUUCAAGUUUCCAAGCAAGAGAAACAGACACUGAGUUGAGGAAACGGUCAUCUGUUAAGGGAGGUGAAAUUCGAUUACAUUUCCAAUUUGAAGGAGGAGAGAGUCGCACAGGAAUGAGUGAUUUAAAUGCCAAACUACCUGGGAGUACUUCUAGCUUGAAUGUAGAAUGCAGAAAUUCCAAACAACAUGGAAAAAAGGAUUCUAAAAUCACAGAUCAUUUCAUGAGACUGCCCAAAGCAGAGGACAAAAGAAAAGAACAAUGUGAAAUCAAACAUCAAAGAACAGAAAGGAAGAUCCCUAAAUACAUUCCACCUCACCUUUCUCCAGAUAAGAAGUGGCUUGGAACGCCUAUUGAGGAGAUGAGAAGAAUGCCUAGGUGUGGGAUCCGGCUGCCUCCAUUGAGACCAUCUGCCAAUCACACAGUAACUAUUCGGGUAGAUCUUUUGCGAGCAGGAGAAGUUCCCAAACCUUUUCCAACACAUUUUAAAGAUUUGUGGGACAACAAGCAUGUUAAGAUGCCUUGUUCAGAGCAAAAUUUGUACCCUGUGGAAGAUGAGAAUGGUGAGCGAACUGCAGGGAGCCGGUGGGAGCUCAUUCAGACUGCACUUCUCAACAAAUUCACACGACCUCAAAACCUGAAGGAUGCUAUUCUGAAAUACAAUGUGGCAUAUUCUAAGAAAUGGGACUUUACAGCUUUGGUUGAUUUCUGGGAUAAGGUGCUUGAAGAAGCAGAAGCUCAACAUUUGUAUCAGUCCAUUUUACCUGAUAUGGUGAAAAUUGCCCUGUGUCUGCCAAAUAUUUGCACCCAGCCAAUGCCACUCCUAAAACAGAAGAUGAAUCAUUCCAUCACAAUGUCGCAGGAACAGAUUGCUAGUCUUUUAGCUAAUGCUUUCUUCUGCACAUUUCCACGGCGAAAUGCUAAGACGAAGUCGGAGUAUUCUAGUUACCCAGACAUUAACUUCAAUCGAUUGUUUGAAGGACGUUCAUCAAGGAAACCAGAGAAGCUUAAAACACUCUUCUGCUACUUUAGAAGAGUCACAGAGAAAAAACCUACUGGGUUGGUGACAUUUACGAGACAGAGUCUUGAAGAUUUUCCAGAGUGGGAAAGAUGUGAAAAACCCCUGACUCGAUUGCAUGUCACUUAUGAAGGUACUAUAGAAGGAAAUGGUCAAGGCAUGCUACAGGUGGAUUUUGCAAACCGUUUUGUUGGAGGUGGUGUAACCAGUGCAGGACUUGUGCAAGAAGAAAUCCGCUUUUUAAUUAACCCUGAGUUGAUUGUUUCACGGCUCUUCACUGAGGUGCUGGAUCACAAUGAAUGUCUUAUCAUCACAGGUUAUUUGAUUAUGAUGUGUUUAGCUAUGGAUCUCUUUGACUUCAUUGAGCUUCUUGAAUGUUUAGAUAAAUUUAGUAAAUUUUUGGCCGUUACUUCUUCAAAUAUUUUUUCUGUCCCUUUUUCUCCUCUUCUGGGACUCCCCUUAUGCAUAAGUUGGUUUUAUUUUGUGAGUGCCUUUCCCCGUUCCUCAUCGGACCCCGCUCUGUCCUGCCCUAGGGAUGACUGGCAGCGGCGUGGCACUGAAAUCGUCGCCAUCGAUGCCCUUCACUUCAGACGCUACCUCGACCAGUUUGUGCCUGAGAAAAUCAGACGCGAGCUUAACAAGGCUUACUGUGGAUUUCUCCGUCCUGGAGUUUCUUCAGAGAAUCUUUCUGCAGUGGCCACAGGAAACUGGGGCUGUGGUGCCUUUGGGGGCGAUGCUAGGUUAAAAGCCUUAAUACAGAUACUGGCAGCUGCUGUAACUGAGCGAGAUGUGGUUUAUUUCACCUUUGGGGACUCAGAAUUGAUGAGAGACAUUUACAGCAUGCACACUUUCCUUACUGAAAGGAAACUGACUGUUGGAGAAGUGUAUAAGCUGUUGCUACGAUAUUACAAUGAAGAAUGCAGAAACUGUUCCACUCCUGGACCAGACAUCAAGCUAUAUCCAUUCAUAUACCAUGCUGUUGAGUCCUGUGCAGAGACCAGCAACCAGCCAGGACAAAGGACCGGGGCCUGAAGAGCUGAGUGAAUAGCACCUCCUUCCAGCUCUCACCAGAAACAUCCUGUCUGAAUUGUCAGGUGUAAUAUAUGAACUGACUUCAUAUAAAUGUGUAUAUAAUCCACAUUUGUAGGCAAGGAUGCAGUCCCUUCCACAUACACAGAAUUGUCAGUUUGUACAUCUAAGCCCCUCCAUCCUGACUUACACAGACUUAGAUAUAUUUAGUUUCCAUUUUUUUCUAUUUCAGUCUUCAUUCUUUGAUUUUCCUUUCUUAUGCCCAUCAGAUUUCUUGUGAAAUCCUGUGAAAGGUUGUGCUUAGCCCGUCAGGUCUCUUUUUUGAUGCCUAUAUGAAUACAAAUUGCCUCUGCGGCUAGCAGACGCCAGUGAUGCCAGGGAAGAAGUUGAAAUGCAAGAAUCUCUUUUAACUGGGUUUGCUAAAGAUCUCCCUGUGAGCCUUUAACCCCCAACUCUCGUUAUAAUUGCAUUGUUUAAGUUUUUGAAUUUUGAAAAUUAAGAGUUGGAUGUUUUUCGUACGUUAUGUAAUGCAGAUCUCCUAGGUUAAAACAAUUUUGUAUUUAAGACAGAAUAAUUUCCAGAAAUAGUUCUUUUGAGACAUCAUCUUUAUCUGUAAUGGUUUGACUAUCCUUUUUCUCCUGAUCAAUUUUUAUUGAUACUGUUUUUGGAACUGACCAAGAUGGAAGGAAAGUAGAAUAAAAGAGAGUUUUCCCAAAUGGUGUUAAAAAAAAAAAAAAAACAGAUUGAAGAGAGUUGAAGGAUUUUUUGUUCCUUGGGAUUUUUUUCCUUUUUAAAUUAGAAUUAUUAUUUUAUUCCUUGGUGCUUAAGGCAUAUUCAUAUAACCAAAGUUUAGAAACUGGGAACUUCAUGCUGAUUUGUACAUAUUGAAGUUUCUCUGGUAUUCAAAGGAUAUGUAGUUAAUAAAUUUUCAUUAACAAAUCA